AUGCAGCCCCUUAUAAUUAAUGGAGUAGAAUCGCAGCCUGUUGUAAAAGAUUGCAUUGUACCCCUUGCGGAAACCCUAAUUGAACUCCCUACGGAAACCCUACCAGCACGCACGGUGGAAGCUUUGGAUGGGGGCUCAACUUCAGGGUUAACGAUGCAAGAGAAAAAGGAUCAUGUUGUUGAUAUUCCAGAUAAUCCUCCUUUGAUACAAUCGAAUGCAUUCGAGAUUCUCCAAAACAUUGAUGAAUCUGGCAAUGUUGAGGAACUUGUCCACGGUAAAGCUCAGUCUUUGGAAGUCAAAGGCAAAGAAAUUGAGAAAGCAAAUACUGAUGGAAAUGGGGAAAGGCAAUUGGCUUUUUCUGGCAAUGGUGAUGGGCUUACUUCGGGGAACCCUGUCGCCAAGUGUGGCUCAUUCUUUGCUUUGCCAUGA